UUUAAUUUACUACUAAUUAAAAUAAUAAUUUACAACAUCGAAUAGCCGAGGAAACUUCAUGAUUGUGUGAAUUUUGUGUAGUUACGUAGUGCACCCUUGAUAUUUAAAUGGAAAUGUCGACGGACGCCCUUUCUAAAGCUGGAAAUGAAAUCCGAGAGAACUUGGUGACCACAGCUGUAAAAUUCCUGAACAAUCCAAACGUACAGAGAUGCACUCUGGAGAGCAAAGAGAGAUUCCUACGGAGCAAGGGCCUGACUGAACCUGAAAUACAGAAAGCCAUAGAAAAAGUUUCAGAAAUGUUGUUGGACGUACCCACAAUGACCUCUGAACUCAUGUUCUUCCAACACUCCAGAAGAUCUUGGUUUAAAGAACAUAUUCUUCCAUUAUUAGUUUAUGGUGGAUUUGCAUAUGGGGUGUUCUGGUUCUACAAGAACGUGUUAAGAAGCAUGCUAUUCGUCGAGCAGCCCAAACGGAAAACCACAGCUGAAUGUCUAGACGAGCUGCGAAAGUCGAUGGACAUUCUCAACUCUAACAUCACGUCGUUAAGGUCGGAAAUACAAACGAGCCACCAGAACAGCGAGGCGGCUGCUUUGAGGUCGCAAGUCGAUGCUGUCAAGUGCGACAUCGCUUCUGUGAAAGGGAUUCUUUUGAAUAGAAACCAGUUCCCCUCGCUCAAGGCGCGAACAGAACCGCCCUCCAUCCCGGCGUGGCAGCGCCAGGCGGAAGCCGCCACCUCCACCGACGCGGCUGAAGAGAAGAAAACCAAGCGAGGUCGCAGCCAGCGCUCCGAGUCAGCGGGGUCCAACUCUAGUGAAGGGGAGCAGGCCACGAAGAACAGUGACAGCAGCCUUGAGAUCAUAACAUGAAGCUCGCAUCAAGGCUCUGGGUGAUUUAGUCUAGUCUAGAUAGAUUUAGCUCAUGUUGUUCCGAUUGGUUGUUGCAUUGUUUUAGCAAGUUUAUACGAGGUAGGGCCUCGGGUUAAAAAUUAACAAAGCAAUAAUAAUCUAAAUUCCCGUCUGAGAAUUCUAAAUUACAUUUAUUACACUGUGCUUGUUACUGAAUAUUUACAGAACUAAAUCACUUUCAAGUAGUAUUGAACUGGGGUAAAUGGGGUCAAAUGGUACACAAAAGAUAUGUUCAGAAUGUGUUGGUAUAUGUAAAAAUAAUCUGUCCUCUGUACCAUAAUACAUACUUACUUAAAUUAUGUAAUAACUGCAGUUACAUUUAUUGAUAUUAAUAUGGGUAUUGAUUAAUAGUGUGGGCUUCGCUUCGGUGGUAAAUAGGCCGAUUCUAAUGCUGUAGUCAAAAUUGAGGGUAUCUGUCUAAAAUAUUUGGUCGACCCGCCGCUUUGUAGGGGGUGAAUGAACUCAUUUAAAUAGUUCGCUUGAAAAAUGCUUAUUGCAAUAGGCAAAUGCAUAAUAUAAUAAUAAUUUUGAACUAAGUUACUACAUGCCAUUGCCUGAAUAGGUACCCGUGUACCUUUUCUUAGUAAUCAAAUUAAUGAAAAACAACCAUCUACAUAUUAUUAAGAUACAUUUAGUACCUGAUAAA